AUGUCCACUCAUGGGUUCAAAAAUAGAGACGACCAUUUAUACGUGAAAAGUUUCAAGGACACCGUGCCUCCGUCGACCACUCCGAAUCGUUCAACAGAUGAUAAAAGAAAACAGCAGAUUUUUACGUGCAACUUAUGUAACAAACAAUACACGUUUCUACCUAGUUUACAUCGUCAUCAGUUGCAAUGCAAUGAUAAGAAAUCAAAAUCCAAACACGAUAUCUACGCAAAAGAGUUCCACAUGCCGAAGAAACUUCAGAAAUCUCUUCUUAAGGUCUGUCCGACGGACAGUAUAUAUCAAGAUUUUAAAUGCGACUUAUGUGGCAACAAAUAUGCAUGGCUAUAUAGUUUACGUCGUCAUCAAUUACAAUGCGGUAACAAGGAACCAAAAUACAAAUGCAAAUUCUGCCCCAAGAAGUUCUACAGACAGGAUAGAUUUCAGCAACACCUAAUUAUAUAUCACAAAACUUCCAAAAAGAAUAUGAGAAAACUAAAAGACCAAUAA